GAGCUGUUCGCGUAUUGCCUGCUGCUGCUGCUGCUGCUGCUGCUGAGGCUGCUGCUGUAGGGGUGACAGUGAGGGUGGUUGGCGCAAGUGCGGGUGGUGGUAGUAGAGUGUUUUGGAGUGCCAGGGCGAGUGUGGCACGCGUGAUUUUCAGUUCGCCCGCGCCCGGGGCCUGGCCAGGUGCUCCCGUUCAUUCCACGCGCCUUGCAGCAGGGUCCCGCGCUGCUGCCGCCGGACCCGACAGACACGACAUUCCUCCAUGUUUGUUUUGAAAGGAUUUCUUGACCUGAGACCCGAGUGAGGUCAGGGAAGGUGGUGACGCCACGAUGAUGAUGCCAGGGCGUCUGGGACGACGAGGGGAAAUUUAGCAUCGGUGGAAUGAGGAUCUGAGAGGUGAAGAGGCGCAAGAUAUAGAAGAAGAAGAAGAAGAAGAAAAAUAACGGAAAAAAGAAGUAGUAGUAGUAGUAGUAGUCAUAUAAUAAUAGUCAUAUAAGGGAAGAAAAGAAGAAAUUGUCUGAUAUAUUAAGUGGUGUCAGUGCCAUUGUGGUGGGCAGCGGUGGUGUCGCAGGCAGUGAGGGCAGGGCGUAGGUAGUAGGCAGGAGAGCUGACGGGUAUCCGGUGGUUUAGGACACGAUACCGCCAUCACCUCCAACGCCACGGCCAUCCCCUCCUGCUGCUGCUGCUGGUGGUGCCGGAGGAGCGCCUCGGACUCACCUGUUCCCGCGCCGCGCGCGCGCACUCUUUCUCUCUCUCUCUCUCUCUCUCUUUCUCUUUUCCUCACCACCCAACUACUGGUGGUGCUUUUGCCGUUGGUUCUGUUCUCCCUCUCUCGCUCUUUCCACGCCCCCCCCCCCCCCCACCACUCAUUACCCCCCAUCUGCCUCUUUCGUCUUCGCCCAAUUUUUGAAAUAUCCCUCUUAUCAGUCUCUGUAUCUGUUCUUCCUCUUCUGGUCAGCAAGUGGCACAAAUCGUGGCUUGAGUAAGAGUGUCCAGAUCGAAGAGGUGCCGAAGGGGUGGGGGUAUAGGUGUGGGUGUAAAGAGGAAGGAAAGACGGCCUUUGGUCGGUAGUGUGUGUGUGUGAGUGUGUGUGUGUGAGUGUGUGAGUGAGUGAGUGCUUGUGCGUGUGUAUGUGUGUAUGCAUGCGUGUGUGUGUGUGUGUGGCGGGAGGUAGGAGUUGAGAUAAGGCUUGUGGCAGGCAGUUGGGUGGGCUCCGGCGCACGCACGCAUCGUGGACACCCGCCCGUAGUUGUUGGCCUGGGUGGGUGGUGUAGCCGAGGUGGGCGUGUGGGUGGCCCCCGCCCCUGCCCAACCUCAGUCAUCUUCAAAAUACCAUAAUGAGGUAAACUAACAUUCCACCUUUACCACAGCAGGGCAGGGAAUCCCUUCCCCCCUGCCUCCUCCUCCUAGGCCCCUCCUAGGGGUUCCUGCCCUCAAGUAUUGACUCCGCUGUCCUCCCCUACAGGAGGGAACCUGAGUGAGUCGCCUGGCCCACAGCUGGCGAGAUACGCGCGCGCGCGAACACACAAAGACACUCAGCUGUCAUCAAGUAUACCCAAGGUCUAACAAACAUCGAAGACGGAUCGUAAGGGCUGUCAGGCGAAUGCCCCUAUUUUUCCCUCGUCUCUGACGAAUUGCAAGGCGGAGAGACAAAAAGGAAAGCCCUUGCAUCCCUCCGACCUCUCUCUCUCUCUCUCUCUCUUUCUCUCUGCCUCAAUCUCUCUCUCUCUCUCGCUCAGAGCGACGCCCUAGUAUUCGUUUCGAAAGGGCGUCGUCAUCCAUGCCUGUGGGCGAAGGACCUGAAGAACCUCCGAUUCUGUUUCCUAGCUUGACGUCGAACGUCAGUCAUCGAAGCAUCCAUCAUAAAUGCGCCUACCGAGAGAACGCCGCAGAAAGUAGGCCGAAGAGGUGAUAUGAAUGAUACGAUUCAGGGAUAAUUAUAUGAAAUAAAUUAAUGAAUAAGAAUUAAGGUAAGGCCGAAAAGAUAAUAACUCAUCUACAUCUUUAAAUACCAAAGGGAGAUAGAUAAAGCUGAACGAAGUGCAGCGGGAGGGUUGAAUGUGGUGUGGGAUACUUUUUAUGCUUUUGUAUGAUACACGUAGUACCCCCUGGAUAGUGUGGAGCUCAACAAAAGAAUAAUAAAAUAAUAAUAAUAGAGGGGGAAAUGACAUUCUAGCCUCCCCGUGUGAUUCUGACACGAGAGAAGGACGAAGAAAAGAAUUGCAACGCCUUGAGAGACAAGAGAAAAAAAAAGAAAGGAAGAAAAAUCCUCGCUGGCUGAUGUUCUCGAGGAGUGAAAGAGGAUAAAUAAUCGCUAGGAAAUGAUCUCUGCUGCUGCGUGAGUUCGCUCGGAUUGUAAACCUCCAGUGAAGAGAGGCGGCAUGGGCCGUUGUGUUCGUCUAAGAAAGUGAAUUCAGGAAACCAAACUGUCUGUGCCGUCGUAUCUUUGGGGAGUUUUUGUGUUGCGGUGUUUCGCGUAUUGCCAGAUCUCGAGACUGACGACAAUAAUGGUGACAGGAGGCUCUGUUGUGAGUCAAGUGACUAAAAGUUACAAGUGAUGUAAAGUAAUUGGUUUAACGAAUAAUUAUAAAGAUCGAGUCAAUCACGGGAUUUUGCUGUGAGAUAGUUUACAGAAAAAGAAAAAAAAAAUACUGAUCCUCAGAAGAUUGCUGACUGACACGUCCUGUCAACGGUAGCGGGAGACGAGGCUGGUGGUAGAGGGUCAGUUAUAUUUUUACCUGAAGGGAAGUACUCGAGAAAUCAAAUAACUCUGAGAGAAGCUUUUUAAGAGGCUGAUGUACCUGCCAAGCCAAUGUCCUCGGUGACCACCGAAGGGAAUAUGGCCAGGUUGCCGCAAGGAUCGCCGGGUUCUGGUGGAGGCUGCGAAGAGGGACUCAAAAGCCAAAAUAAGAAAGACAAGGACAAAGACAUUAAGAAAAGUAGUAAUAAGAACGAGAACAGCGUCAGAAACAGUAGUAAUAACGGCGGUGGGGCGGCAGCCGACGCCACCACCAUGACCACGGGCGGUGGGGGCGGCGACAGCGGCACCGCAACGUUAACGCCUUCGUCGAGAGGCGUGGUGGGCGGCAGCGACCCCGUCAUGAGCGCGCCCACCACCAACACCACUACCCACACGACGGCCACCCACACAUCUGCGACCUCCACUGCCACGGCCGGUGCCACCGCCCGAGCCAACAACCAGCAACGCUCCAAAAGGUGUUGCUUUUUCUGGUGCUGUUGUUGUCGAUGCUCCUGUAUAAGACCUCCCAGCUCAAGACCCCCCCAGAACAGCAGACUAAAUGGGGACAAUGAACCACCGCCGACGAUAGAAGAGAUCAGGGCGUGGAGUGAUUCCUUCGACCGGUUAAUGAAAUGCUCAGGAGGACGACAAGCGUUCCGGGACUUCCUCAAGUGCGAGUACUCGGAGGAGAACAUACUCUUCUGGCAAGCGUGCGAGGAGCUCAAGGUGGAGAACAACCCCGCCCUCAUCGAGGAGAAGGCUAGGCUCAUAUACGAGGACUACAUCUCUAUACUCUCGCCCAAGGAGGUGUCGUUGGAUUCGCGCGUGCGUGAGAUCAUCAACCGCAACAUGGUGGACCCGACGCCGCACACCUUCGACGAGGCGCAGAUGCAGAUCUACACGCUCAUGCACAGAGACUCUUAUCCGCGCUUCAUCAACUCGGCCAUAUACAAACGGCUCGCACAACUCAACAAUAACGGGAGCAGCAGCAACAGUAAAAAUGAGAGCGCAACAUAGGUGUUGUUGGUUCUCUCUCUCUCUCUCUCUUUCUCUAUCUUUCUCUCCCACUCUCACUCACUCCUCUCUCGUCUCUCUGUUCCUGAAUGUGUUCUAUAAAUAUGAUUAUAAAUAUAUAAAUAUCAGUCUUUCUCACACACACCACACACUGAACUUCCACGAAAUAGAAAGAGAGAGAAAUAAAAAAAAUAA